AUGGACCUCAUCCUUCUCUGUGUAUUCCUGCCCCUGGUGACCGUGGCAUGGGGCCAGUAUGGUGACUAUUACUAUGGUCCCUAUAACUAUGGAGAUAACGAUGAAUGGGUUAACGUGUACCGUCAGGGUUUCAACUUCCAGUGCCCGCACGGGCAGGUGAUUGUGGCCGUCAGGAGUGUUUUCAGCAAGAAGGAAGGUUCUGACAGACUGUGGAACUACGCCUGCAUGCCGGCAGCCCAGAGCCUCGGUGAGCCGACAGAGUGCUGGUGGGAAGAGAUCAACAGGGCAGGAACUGAAUGGUAUCAAACCUGCUCAAAUAAUGGGCUGGUGGCUGGUUUCCAGAGUCAGUAUUUUCCAUCUGUGCUUGACCGUGAAUGGCAAUUUUACUGCUGCCGCUACAGCCGGAGAUGCCCGUAUUCAUGCUGGUUAACAACAGAAUAUCCGGGACACUAUGGAGAAGACAUGGACAUGAUGAUGUACACUUAUGACCAUUACAUCCGUGGGGCAACCACAACUUUCUCUGCUGUGGACAGGGAUCGUCAGUGGAAAUUCAUUGUCUGCAGGAUGACAGAGUAUGACUGCCCAUUUCAAAAUGUUUAA